AUGAGUAAAGGUCUUGCCGUCCUGCUCCUCCUCAUCUCGCUCGCUCUGAGCUCCGGUGUCGGCCUCUGCGAAGCGAGGAGCCUCAAGCACUGGAGGCAGGACAGGGGCCCCUCCUCCAGCUCCAUGUUCACAAGGAAAGGGAAAGGAAAAGGGGAGAGCGGUGGCUCCCGUUCCCACAGGCAGUACGGCAGAGGGCACCAGAGUCCAGCAAUGCCAACACCACCACCGAGUCCAGGUGGUGGGAACGGGCACCAGAGUCCUGCAAUGCCGGCACCACCUAGUCCAGGUGGUGGUAAUGGCCACGCGUCGCCGUCUCCACCACCACCACAAGCACCGCCGUCGCCGCCACCGGAAGCGCCAUCGCAGGGCAUGGUGUUCAGCGUGGUUGCUUUCGGAGCACGGGGUGACGGAGUUACGGAUGAUACCCAGGCUUUUGAAGCAGCAUGGGCAGCAGCAUGCAAGGUGGAGGCAUCGACGGUUCUUGUACCACCUGAACUCGAGUUCCUUGUUGGCCCAAUCUCAUUUUCGGGCCCUAACUGCAAGCCUAACACUAUAUUCCAGCUGGAUGGAACCAUUUCGGCUAAAAUUGGCGCGAGAGCGUGGGGCUCCGGUUUGCUUCAAUGGCUCGAGUUCACGAAACUAAACGGGAUAUCAAUUCAAGGCAGUGGUGUCAUAAAUGGUCAGGGUAAAGAAUGGUGGACCUAUUCAGAUUCAGAUGAUGAUGAUGAUGAUGAUAUGGACUCAUACACUGAUCAGGAGCUGGAGAAAAUGCCACAGAUUAAACCCACGGCGCUAAGGUUUUAUGGCAGUUCCAAUGUCAGAGUAACUGGUAUCAGCAUCAUCAACAGCCCGCAGUGCCAUCUGAAGUUCGAUAGCUGUCAGGGAGUCAUGGUUCAUAAUCUGACCAUCUCGUCCCCUGAGAAUAGCCCCAACACGGAUGGAAUACACCUGCAAAACUCCAAGGAUGUCAACAUUCACCACACUGACCUGGCCUGCGGUGAUGACUGCAUCUCCAUACAGACAGGCUGCAGCGACGUAAACAUACAUAAUGUGAACUGUGGACCAGGCCAUGGGAUCAGCAUUGGUGGCCUAGGAAGGUACAACACCAAGGCAUGUGUCUCCAACAUCACUGUAAGAGAUGUCAACAUGUUCAAAACAAUGACCGGUGUCAGGAUCAAGACUUGGCAGGGUGGCUCAGGGCUGGUCCAGGGCAUAAGGUUCUCCAACAUACACAUGUCAGAGGUUCAGACGCCCAUCAUGAUAGACCAGUUCUACUGCGACAAAACAUCGUGCACGAACCAAAGCUCGGCGGUGGCGGUUUCAGGCGUGCAGUAUGAGAACAUCCGGGGGACUUUCACGAUCAAGCCCGCCCAGUUCGCGUGCAGCGACAGCUCGCCAUGCUCGGAGAUCACCCUGACCGGCAUACAACUGAGACCCCUGAUCGUGCCUCAGUACCACACAUGCAGCAGCCCCUUCUGCUGGGAGGCCUUUGGGGAGCUGUACACUCCCACCAUCCCUCCUAUUUCAUGCUUGCAGCUCGGCAAGCCAGCCGGGAACCGCGUACUGUCGGACCACGAUCAGUGCUGA